CACACACGGCUCAGCUGAGAGGAAAAAAGAGAGACGAUCUGAAGUCCAUCCUGGACCAGGCUGAAGCUCCCUUUGUUCCACACUGGCAUCAACAAAAUUAACGGGACAUUUUUUCUCUGUUUGCUUCAGAGGCGUCAGGAAAUAUUAAUGACAUGGACUUACAGGAGUCUGUACAUAUGGAUCAGUGUGGGCCGUGCCUGAAGAGAAGAAGGCACGACAGCGAACAAUCUGUCUCCAGUGGAACCAGCAGCUGUUCUUCUGCUUUGGAGUACACCGAUCUGGAGGCGGCUGAAGCUCUGGUGUGUAUGAGCUCCUGGGGUCAACCUGUGUUCCUCGGUGGCGGCGGCGGCGGCGGCAACAAGCUGAACACCUGCAAGCCCCGGCCCCUCACUCCGGCUUCUGAUUCCUGCGACUCCCUCCUGCCACUGGAGCUCCAGGAGUCCCCAAGGGACUUUGUGUCCCUCUCCUCUCUGUGCAUGACACCUCCCCACAGCCCCAGCUUUGUUGAGACCUCUUCAAGCGGCACGGUCCAGUCUUCCCCGACACCCACCGUGUCCACGGCAUUCUCUGGACCUGCGCUCCAUCAACCCAACCUGGCCCACACUCCUGAAAGGACCCUGUCCCUGCCUGCUCCGCCGCACCCCUGCAGAGCCAUGGCGACCAGCGUCAUCAGGCACACUGCGGACACAGACCUGUGCCAGCAGCGCCACAUUCCAGUCACCUCCAUUUCACAGAAAACUGCGAGCACAGUGACUGCAACAGGAACAAUAGUGUGCAUGCAGCAGCAACAGGAAUGCAUCACAAACACACCUCAGUCUCCUCCUGCAGCAGCAACAACACAGCACCCUCUCAGUCCCUCUAAACCUUCCUUGGACAUUGUCUCCACCUCCACAGUCAACACCCAACCACAAAACCCACCCACAGGCCCCCCAGCCAUCCUCUCUCCUACUUCAGUGACCAGUCCACAAAUCAUCUGCCAGAUGUUUCCCAUCUGCAGCCAAUCGGGAAUAAUCUCAGCGUUCAUCCCCAGUCCAGGUCAGACCUCCGGUACUGGAAUUCGGACUGCCACAACACCCAUCCUCCCCCACCCCACUUCGGCCAACAGCCCCUCCCUCCAGCAGCCCCUUAUUGUGGGCUCAGCAGUGCCACAGGCCACGGUAAUGUUGGUCCUCCCUCAUUCCUCGGUCCCCCAGGCCCCUCAGGGCCAACAGACUGUCAUGACCCUGGGCAACACCAAACUGCUACCUCUAGCCCCAGCCCCCUUGUACAUGCCGGCUGGGCCCUGCAGCAACAUGGCAGCCACAAAAAUAGACUUUUCUCGCAGGAGAAACUAUAUCUGCAGCUUUACAGGUUGCAGAAAAACUUACUUCAAGAGCUCACACCUCAAGGCUCAUUUACGGACGCACACAGGUGAGAAACCAUUCAGCUGCAGCUGGGACGGGUGUGAUAAGAGGUUUGCCCGCUCCGAUGAGCUGUCCCGACAUCGGCGCACGCACACCGGCGAGAAGAAAUUCGUCUGUCCGGUGUGCGAUCGGCGAUUCAUGCGCAGCGACCACCUGACCAAACAUGCUCGCCGUCACAUGACCACAAAGAAGAUCCCCUCCUGGCAGGCGGAUGUUCGCAAUCUGAGCAAAAUGGCUGCAGACAAAACUCCUCCCUCUAAAGCUGCCAUUGGCAUGCUGAGCAUGCUAGUACCUGCCAGCUCCAAGUAGACACUGAACAAAUGCGAUCUUUCUCAGUCUGUGUAUACUUUGGUAUGUAGAUGCUCUCAUUGGAAACAAGUAAUGAAAACCAAGUAAUAUUUUGAUUUCAAAGUAUUAAAUUGAAUCAUGAGCCAUUCUGCCUUUUUGAGGUCAAAAACAGGCGAGUUGACCAAUUAGUUUGAUAUACUUUCAUGUGUAAGAUUUCAAAAAAAUCACUUGACCCAUUUUUAUAUCCUAGUCCAGAAGGUACUGGCCUAAUUAGGCAUAGCUCUGACCACUAGGUGGCAGAAAAGUGCUUCUAGUAAGAUCCUCAGUAUGUGUGAAACAUGCAUCAACUGGCAUUAGUGGGAUAGGAAGUGGUUUGAGGCCAAAUCGCAAAAGUAAUCUACAUGGAGUUAAGUUUUUUUUGUGCUCAAAUUUGUUACAAGUUAGCAUUAUUUCUCCCCACAGAUAUUUAGUUCCACAUCUCACCAAAAUUGCUAAUCCAGAGAAACAGGAUUACAUGCAUAUGUGUAAGACAUAUAUCAGCCUACUUCAACAGGCUGACCCGUACCAUAUAUGGGCAUUGAUGUCACAGGAUGAGGCACGUACUCUAAAAUACUCAACCCUUACCAUAUAUGGGCAGUGAUGUCACAGGGUGAAUCGUGUCAGAAUAUGAGAAAAAUGUUUCUUUCAGAUAGUUUUUGACUACAAAAUCAGAAAAAAUGGCUUUAUUUCAAUUGAAUAUAUUUUAAAGUACUUUUUAAAAUUAUUACUGGUUUCUGAUAAGAAAAUCAAUUUACCUAAAAUAAUAUGCAUGGACCUUUCUCACUCCUGAGACACCAGAGGGUCAAAGUGAGCAGCAAACAUGGCUGCUUGCGUUUUACCUAUAAAAGACUGAACAUGCACUGGACUCUUCCUUCUCUACUGCUCAUUUUGUACAUGGAUUUUCUCUAAAAGAUACUUAGUUUACUUUUUUUAUUAUUGAUCAUUUGUAUGCAUCCUUGCCAAAGCUUUUGUAUUGACUCAGUUGUUGACGUUUCAUUUUGUCCACCUCUCCUACAAGACAUUAUCUUUGUCGUAAUACUGAUGUCAGUGUGAAUAUAUUGAGUAUAAAAUGCAUUUUUUUGUCUUAUUUGAGGGGUAAAACAUGACAAAAAGUGUACAUUUGAAAGCUAAUCACGAAUACUUUGACUCUACGUCAAAUAUAUCUGCCCACCUGACUUUUCAUAUUAUUUAAUAUCAUGUUUGUAAUAAAAAAAAAACACUUAAA